AUGCGAGGUUUUACAAUUGCUUGUAUACUUGGAAAUAAUUCCUCGUCAACAACAACAACAACAACAACGAAUCAUUUAAAACGAAAAAUAUCGAAUGAAAAUGAUGAUUAUGAACAUCAAUUACAUAAACGACAAACAAUUGAAGCACCUGAAAUUUUAUCACCAUCAUCUAUUGUGCAAUUACCAUCAUCAAUAAAUCAUAACGAUAAUUGCAAUAAUAAAUUAUCAAGUAGUAAUGAUGAAGAACGUGAUUCAUCAGGUGAACAACAUAGUUUAGAUGAUCGACCAAGAAAAGUACGACGUAGUCGAACAACAUUUUCAACCUAUCAAUUACAUCAAUUAGAACGUUCUUUUGAAAAAACACAAUAUCCUGAUGUAUUUACACGUGAAGAACUUGCUAUGAGGCUUGAUUUAAGUGAAGCACGUGUACAAGUUUGGUUUCAAAAUCGUCGAGCAAAAUGGCGUAAACGUGAGAAAGCACUCGGUCGUGAAAGUCCAAGUUUUAUAGCACCACAUGAUAUUGAAUCAUUUCGUCAACAAAUGUCAUCGUAUUUAUCUAAUGCUUUAACAGCAAAUGUUCCUCCGAAUAAUUCUACAAAUGAUCGGCCUUCACAAGUAAUACCACCACCACCCGCACAUUAUCUUCCAUUUUUAAUGGGUCAUAUUGAUGAAAAACUAUUAACACGUUUACCUUCCAAUCAACAUCCACAUUUUAAUCUACUUUAUCAUAAUCAUCAACCAACUUCUUCAUCAACAACACUAAAUCCAUCAUCAGUAUCACCUUCAUCAAAUUCUUCGUCAUCAGAAUCCUAUUUAACCAAUGUCAUUGAUAGAUUUGAUCAUCAUAGACGUGUUAAACUAGAACUACAAGAUACAAGUGCUUGA